CGCCGGUCCAGGCUGCACAGUUGAACGACAGCGGUCCGUCCGCUUUAGCAUCACUGACAGCCUGCUAUCUCAGCCAUUCGCAAAAAUGGCGAACGUGGUGCUGGAGUUCAAAGCCUCUGCCGGCGACUCGGAGCCACAGAACCGCCCUGUCCUGAUUAUCGGGCAGCAGACCAACCUGCAGCAAGUCAGCUGGAGCCAAAUCAAAGGAAAACUGCAGCCAGUCGUUAGCAAAGAGAUCUGGCAGGCAGCUCUCAGCGCUUUGAACCCGAACCCCACGGACAGCUGCCCUCUGUACCUCAACCAUGCUGCAGUGGCCUCCCUCCCUUCUCGGGUCAGCCGGCACAACAGCCCGUCUUCUGCCCACUUUGUCUCCCGUCUGGUCCGUUCCUGCCUCCCAGGAGGGAAUAACCGCUGCAUUGUGAUGGUGUGUGAGCGUUCAGAUGUGUUUCCAUCUUCCUGUGCCAUUGCCAGGGCCUUCCCCAUCUUCUCUCGCCGCUCCACAUCCUCACGCAGGGCAGAGAAGAAGCACGUGACUGUGGAGUUUGUGAUCGUCGGGCAAGACAACAAUCCUCUGGAUGCUGCAGAACUCGAGUGUCUUUCCAACGCUGCUGAUGGAGUUCGGCUGGCAGCUCGCAUUGUGGACACACCAUGCAAUGAGAUGAACACAGACCACUUCUUGGAUGAAAUCAAAGCUGUUGGGACUGAACUUGGAAUCAUUCCAGUCAUCAUUCGCGGAGAGGAACUGAAACAAAGAGGGUUUGGAGGUAUUUAUGGUGUUGGAAAGGCAGCAGAGCAUCCUCCUGCAUUAGCGGUCUUGAGCCACACACCUGAUGGUGCGACCCAAACCAUUGCAUGGGUGGGCAAAGGCAUCGUCUAUGACACCGGUGGACUCAGCAUCAAGGGAAAGACCACAAUGCCAGGGAUGAAGAGAGACUGUGGCGGCGCUGCUGCCAUCCUGGGAGCUUUCAAAGCCACUGUUAAACAGGGCUUUAAGGAUAACCUGCAUGCAGUGUUUUGUCUGGCAGAGAAUGCCGUUGGGCCCAUCGCCACACGGCCUGAUGAUAUCCACACUCUCUACUCUGGAAAGACAGUGGAAAUCAACAACACUGAUGCAGAGGGCAGGCUGGUGCUGGCGGAUGGAGUGGUGUACGCCAGCAAGGACCUGUCUGCUGAUAUUGUUCUGGAUAUGGCUACACUUACUGGUGCACAGGGAAUCUCCACAGGGAAGUACCAUGCAGCUGUGAUGACCAACAGUGAGCAGUGGGAGAGUGCAUGUGUGCGCGCAGGCCGCAGCAGCGGAGAUCUCGCCCACCCUCUGGUCUACUGCCCCGAGCUGCACUUCAGCGAGUUCACCUCUGCCAUGGCUGACAUGAAGAACUCUGUGGCUGACCGAGAGAACGCUCAGAGCUCCUGUGCUGGGCUCUUCAUUGGUUCCCACUUGGGCUUUGAUUGGCCUGGAGUCUGGGUCCACGUUGACAUUGCCUCUCCUGUUCAUGCUGGGGAGCGUGCUACAGGAUUCGGCGUUGCUCUGCUCAUGGCCCUGUUCGGUCAGGCGUCAGAUGACUCCAUGCUGAACCAAGUGUCUCCUCUGGUUGCGUCCACCAACAUGUGUGAAGACCAGAUGGAGCGCGACUGCAAGAGACGAAGACUGGUGUAGAAACCCAGCGGUUCACUCCCCCACCGCUCCGCUGCCACCACACACCCAGACUGCACCAGUUAGAGUUAAAAGCGUUUUAAACCGAUUCAACUUCCUGUGUUUGAUUAAAUUCACUGAAUAAAACAGAUUAUCAUCAGUAAAUCAAAUGUGGUAAAAAUGAUUCUGAUCAAACACAGCCCCUCACUGUCCUCAUUACUCAGCACAUGAUGCACUCAGCGCCUCUUUAGCUUCUCCAUUGUUCAGCUGCUUUUGACAGAUGCAUUGAUUAUAUUAAAACCCGAGUAAAUUAGUUGGUUUAUCUUAACGACAGAUUCGUUUUUUGUAAUUGUUUUGUAACAGAUUUUACAGUUAACAGCAGUUUAAACGAUUUUACCUCAUACCUCGUUUUCUUUCAAGUAUCCACCUCAUCAGCAGGAGUUGUCAGUUGAUACUUUAUGCAAAUCAGUGAUGAUGCCAUGAUACAUGUUGUUUUAGACGUGAAAAAAUACCGGAUGAAGAUCAGUGAAGCUCGAGUCUCUUGGUAACCCCUGCACUUUGUGUUCUUCCUGUGUAUAGCUGGACUGCCUGAUCUGUGGAGCUGAUGGAGGGCUGAGCGCUUUACUUCAGUUUCAGACUGUUUCAUAAUGGUGUUGGAUGAAUGGCUUAGUCAGCAUUAAUACACAUGCAACAUGUAGAAGUAUUAUUCAAGAUUCCUGCACAAAUAUGAUGUUUUUUCACCCUUGUGACAAUCACAUUGUCCUUCAAUAAAGGCGGUGCCAUCUGUC